GCCCCAUCAUCGGUCUCUGUUCUUUUCUCUUUACCUUCUCCUUUACGCUCAAUGUACUCCUCUACUGCAAAGCAGCCUACUCUUAAGUCUUAACUCUCAUCCACCCGCCAUCAAAUCUUUCCUCUCUCUACCCACCAUUUUCAAAUCAUCAAAGCUUUUCUCUCUCUCUCUCUCUCUCUCUCUCUCUCUCUAGGGUUUCCCUGAUGUUCUUGCUUCCUUCCCAGGUUCCGAAGAUCUAAUUGACCCCCCUCUCCAACACCAUGCCGAGGCAUAACCAUGGCGUCCAGGGUCUGAUCCCCGGAUCCUGCAAAACCAGGAAGAGAGGUUGUUCCUCUUCUUCGUCGUCUUCCUCUGUGCUGCAGAACUACAGGUUCAAAAGGGCCAUUCUCAUCGGCAAGCCUCGAGGCGGAUCGAGAUCCUCCACGCCGGCGCCGUCCUGGAGGCUAGUGGGCUCGAGAUCCCCGGCGUCCGCAUUGCGGAUCGCGGAGUCACCCAAGUACGCGCCGUCGCCGCUGAACUCGAAGCCACGGGGGCCGCCGGUGUCUGCGAGGAAGCUGGCGGCGACGCUGUGGGAGAUGAACGAGAUUCCGUCGCCGAGGGUUGUGGAGGAGAAGAGGGUGAGAAAGGAGGUAAAAGCGAGAGAAAGGGCCCCGAGGUCGGUGCAUUCGGGUUCGCUCCCGCCGCAUUUGUCCGAUCCGUCGCAUAGCCCCGUAUCGGAUAGAAUGGAUCGAUCUGGAACGGGUAGUCGCCGGAGAAGAGCAUUAUCCAUUUCUCAGAGGCUGAUGCUGACAGACCAGAAUGUUGGGGUUCUUGACUCCGUAAGCAAUGCCAGUUUUAUGGAGAUUGAAACUAGAUCUCGAGGCCAGACACCCAGGGGAUCCACAGUUGGAGUAAAGACCCGGUUGAAGGAUGUCAGUAAUGCAUUGACCACAUCUAAAGAGUUACUUAAAAUUAUCAACCGCAUUUGGGGUCACGAAGAUCAGCCUUCAUCGAGCAUGUCCCUUAUCUCAGCCUUACAUGCUGAACUUGAGAGAGCCCGCCUGCAGGUCAAUCAGCUGAUCCAAGAACAGCGCUCAGACCAGAAUGAGAUCAAUUAUCUCAUGAAGUGUUUUGCUGAAGAAAAGGCAGCAUGGAAAAACAAGGAGCAUGAAGUGAUUGAGGCUGCCAUCGAAUCCAUUGGAGGAGAGCUUGAGGUAGAGAGGAAGCUGAGGAGACGGUUUGAGAGCUUGAAUAAAAAAAUUGGGAGAGAAUUGGCAGAGACAAAGUCAUCCCUCUCGAAGGCUGUUAAAGAACUUGAGAAUGAGAAGAGAUCAAGGGAGAUAAUGGAGCAAGUUUGCAAUGAUUUAGCUGGGGAUAUUGGAGAAAACAAAGCUGAAGUGGAAGAACUGAAGAGAGAAUCUGCCAAAAUUCGCGACGAUGUUGAGAAGGAAAGAGAGAUGCUCCAAUUGGCCGAUGUGUUGCGUGAGGAGAAGGUUCAAAUGAAACUCGCAGAGGCCAAAUAUAACUUUGAGGAGAAAAAUGCUGCUGUUGACAAACUGAGGAAUGAUCUUGAAGCUUUCAUGAGAACCAAAAGAGCAAAAGAAAAAGCAGUUGCUUCAAUUAAUCAUGGGAACAAUGGAGAGCUUGUGGCCUGUUUUGGUCGAACUCGCUUUGGCUAUCAUUGGAAUGAUGAAAAAGAAGAUGGAGAGAUGGAAGAUGGAGUAGAAUGUGAUAUAGACUCUGCUGAAAGUGAUCUCCACUCAAUAGAAUUGAACAUGGACAAUAAUAAUAGCAAGAGCUACAAAUGGACUCGGAUGUCUGGGUCUAUGCGUGAUUCAAGGAAAGUUCCGAUUGAUGAAAUAGAAAUCAAAGGGAGGAAGUCUACUUCUGGGAAAGUAUCACGGAGAAGCACUUCUCUACAAAGGAGCAUUUCAGAUGGAGUUGAAUGGGGUGGCCAAGCUGAGAGUCUCCGAACUUCAGGAGAUGGGUGGGAUUGUGAGAGGUUUUCUGAAGUUGAGAAGCAAGCUCAAAUAAAAGUUCAUGGGGAUGAAAUGCAAAGAUAUAGAUCAGCGAAGGGUCUUAGGGACCAAGUUUUGUCUAGGUUAGGAUCUGCUGGUUUUUUCGCUAGUCCAACCCGACAAUGGGGGCAAUCGUUGCCUCAACGAGAUACCAUCAACAUGAUUCAGGAGAGUCCAACAAUGUUGCAAGGCAGUGGUUUGAAACCAAGGCUAGUGGAGGCUAAAGGUGAAGGCCCUAUAGCAAGAAGAUCAAAACGUUGAGAGCUGUGCGCAGACCAAUGGAUGCCUUUCUGUGAUCCAGAGAGCUUGUUUUGCAAUGACAGCUGAUGAAUGCGGUAAUUGGUUUGAAAAUGAGCGAGAACUCAAGUAGUUUGGAAUGUGGGAAGCUGCACUAUAGUUGAUUACUGUUCUGCUUGCUAUCCCUGGAAACUUUUUGCAGUAGCUGCUGUAUAAUUUAUUUUGAUCUGUCAUCAACUUGUAGGGACGUUUGGGUUUUACAGGUUUUUUGUAUAAAACCUUGCUAAUCAAGAGAACUUUCUCCUGUACAGAUUUCCUACAUAUGACUUGGGAAAGAACAAAUAUUCUUAUUUAGCAUUUGAAGCUUAA